CGGAUCUAUGUUUACAUGUGACGUCACGUCAAGAUCUGCGAGGCAAAACCAAACUCGUGAGCGUGUGUGCGUGUUUGUGUAGUGUACUGAAGACGGCGGUACGUCCAGAUUUCUGAGGAGUGCGUGGAGAGGUUGGCAGCACCAUGGAGGAGUCGCAUCAGGUGCCAAAGAGGCCUCGGCAGAAGAUGUACCACAUAGGGGGAGUGCAGGUGUUGCUCCCCGUCAAGCCGUACCCGUCACAGCUGGCCAUGAUGGGGCAGAUCAUAACAGGACUGAAGCACCGCCAGAACUGUCUGUUGGAGUCCCCUACAGGGUCUGGCAAGUCCUUGGCAUUGCUGUGCUCUACACUCGCAUGGCAACGUGAACAAACAGAAUAGGCCUGACCUGUUACUGAGCGUAGAUGGGCAACGACUUAUCACUAAUGAGCUGCAGCAUUCAGCAUCACCUGGGUAAUUCAGAAAUGCAGAUGCACCCAGGUUUUGUGUGCAUAAGGAUGGCAGUGUUUGGGGUUUGCAUGAUACAAGUAGUAGUAAAGGGCAAUAGUGGAAUGCAUGAUAGCCGGAGGUUUGAGUGUAUCUCAUGCAGUAAUGUCUAUUUAUCUCACUCUGUCCUUUGUCAGUCCAUACUUAAGGUUAGAUUAUUUUUUUCUUGAAAUGGCUAUCACCAUCAGAAGGUAAUAACAACAUUUAAAUGUGUUUAUAGGUAACAAGAUUGAUUGAUUGUAGAUGAAUAAAUAGAUCACUCAGUAAAUCUAUUUAUCUAUAUACUAGGCCAGCAAUCCUGCAUGAAGAGGCCCAACAAAGCACCACACACUCAUGCACACAAUCAUUCACACUCUAAACCCUAUACCCCAUGGUGGAAAGGGAUAGUCUUGUGGACAGACAACCUUACUUUAUCUAUCCAUUGACUUGCAGGAUUGUCCUUUCAUUAAAUAUAUAAAUAAAAAUGAAAAGUAUGUACAUUGGUAGAAAAUAUUAUAAAUAAAUGAAAGAACAUGCAUCAUUAUAAUAAAUUAUUAGUACUUUGGCAGAAGAGAAGAAAGCUUUAGGUGGAAAAGGGAUAUUUGCGGAGUGGAGAGGAGUGGUUGCUUGUGACAGGAAUGGAUGGAGAGCAGAUGUGAAUGGCGACCAUAAAUGCAAGGUUAUUUCACAUCUGAUCCUAUUAUUAGACUGUGGAGGGAAUCAUUUAGGUCUGGUACAGUAGCGUAAAUCAGUUCUGGUGUUGUAUCCUGAUACAGAAAAUAUUUGAUACGUUGUGCAACUGACUUUGAUGAAGAUUAAUCCUCUCCUUCCUGGAGGAUUAGAGACUAAGAUGCUUCUUAAUGUUUGUAUGUAGGUGCCUUUUCUUGACUAUCCUCUUUGAAAAGGGAUGACAGCUUGGUAUAAAGAUAGAUUUGUCUUCUUUUUCUCCAUAAUAGUAACCAGUAGUUACUAGACUAGACUAGAUAGAUAUGGAACUGAAUCAUCCAGGAUUUAAAUUUCACUGAUUCAUAUAUAGAUUUAUGAAUGCAGGGUUCAGCUUUUUAGAGAAAUAUGUUGUUUAAUUUAGGAAAAUUUUCUUAUGGAUAAUAAUGUCAUAGCAACAUUGGAUAUUUGUUGUGAAAUGGGAUUGCAGUGUUGUAAGGCCACUUUACCAAAGAAAGUACUUAACUUUGCAUUUAUUGUUGAAGUGAAGCACAGAAAGGUUUGUAUAGGAUAGAGUAAAUUGAAUGAAUUUGUUUUUCGAGGGGCAUAGCAUAGAGUACAUAUUUGGGAUACCAACCAUGCUGAAGCAGUUGAGGUAAAAAGUGCCAGGUCCAUUCUAGUGUUAGUUGUAGAAGUUGUAGAAGAGCCUUAUGGUAUUAGAUUGCUGCAUAAGAUUAGAAAAAAACUAUAAAUCUAAUUGAGGCAUACAAAUAGUGCCUUUAUUUUCCACACAAUUCUUUAAGGCAAACAGUGCAUAAAUGUACUGAGAUCUUCCUUUGUAGACAAAUCAUGCUACUGCAUAUGAGUCAACUUGUAGGUGCUGUUCCUGAGACUUGAAGAUUUAGCAUAUGUUCUGGCAAAGCACAGUUAUGACAUAUGAAUGGUAAUGCAAAAAAUUGUGUGUUUUAAGUGGGUGAGGUUUGAUAUGUACAUUAUUUUCACUGUAAUAUUAUUUCACUUUUCAUGAUUUCAUGCUUUUAGUGUCCAUUUUGGUAAAUCUUUGAUUCAUUUCUUUAAUGUGUUACUAUUGAGAUAUCUUUAUUUCUUUGGGGAAGUUAUACUUUAUUAUUUUGUUAAGAUGUCUUCCCUUUCUAAACUUCAUGUGAUCCCUCAAGUGUCCAGCUUCUCUACAUUCCUACAGCAUUAGAUCUUUUAUAUGGAUGGAUGAAAAUACUUCUUUUUGACAAGUGAAAAACUGAAAGGGCUGGAAUAAGAAUAAAUUUGUUGAAAAAUAAUGUUGGGUGUGUAGGGUCUAGUAAUAAAGAAUGAAAUGAUGCUGUGAAGAAGGUAAAUAUUCAAAAUUGUCUAACAACAGAAUGCCCUACAAAAUGGCCAUGUCAAGAAUGUAUAGGAUGAGUAAUGAAGGGAUCAUGCAGGUAAUUAUGUACCAUUGUAAUUUGAUAUUAAUUUGAUUACUAAUCACUUCCUUGUGGUUUGCAGCCUUACAAUGAUUUUUGGUCUUUAUUUUGAUUUAAUAUGUAAAUAUUUUGGAAUAUAAAUUCUUUGCUUUGUAUAAUAUGCAUAUUUUUACCAUUCACCAAAAUUUGCAAGUGGUGCUGGAAGUAUGUGGUAAUGCAAAGAGUUCCCAUUUACUGAUCAGAUAAAGUGCUUCAAAAAUAUUUUGUAUUUGAUACUGAAUUGAUAGAUGAUAUCCAAGUGGAAUUAAUUUAUUAGAUUCCUCUAAAUAAUGAUCUUUUUUGUCUUAAAACUUUAUAUUUUGAUUGAUGCCAUACAAGCUAGACAUAUAAGUAAAUCUAAUUUGUAUUGUGAGCUUGUUUUAUGUACAGACAUUUAAAGUCUUGUAUUAACAGCAUGAAAAUCAAGGUAGACAUACUGUAGAUAAAGAGCCUUUUAUUGUUAUGAAUACAUGGUUUAUUUUCUUACCAUCACAUAAUUAAUAAUUUUUUUCUAUCACAGUCUUUUUCUCACACAU